AUGAAUACGCUCCGAGUGUAUUAUAUGCAUCAUGCUUGUGCAGUACAAUUAAAUUUUGUUUGGACUGCAAUUUCAUUUGUUAUUUUCGAUUUUUUUCAGACGGAACUAUCCCAGAACCUACAACAAUUGUCCGAAAAAGCUCGAACCACUACAGAGUUUAUUCAGAGGUUAAAGCAAAUGUCUGAAAAACUUAAUGGCGAAUGCGAAGAACUGGAGCGACAAGUGGACGCCAGGUGCGACGCGCUGAUCCGGUCCAUCGAGAGGCGAAGGCAGUGGCUGAUCGACGCUGUGCGACAGGACAAGGAGAUCAAACAGCGAUCGCUGAAGGACCACGUGACCAGCUGUACGUGCAAGCUGCAGAAAACCACGUCCCUGUUGCAGUUUUGCAUAGAGGCCCUCAAAGAGAACGAUCCCGUUUCGUUUUUACAAGUUGGGUCUAUGUUGAUAGCCAGAGUUUCGAACACGGACAUGACCUGGCACAAGGACGUGUUGCCGUCUCCUCGGUCGUAUCACCAGCUGGAUUUGACCCUGGACGAUAACACCGUGUUGAAAGCUAUCGAACACAUGAACUUCAUACAAAUGAAAACUCCGAGCGCGGCGCUGAUCAUCGCCGAAGAGUGCAGCGCCGAGAACAAUAGCGUGACGAUCGCGUGGCAACCUCCGGUUUCUUCGUACGUCGAAGGUUACGUGUUGGAACUGGACGACGGCAACGGCGGAGACUUCAGGGAGGUGUAUUGCGGCACAGAAACCAUCUGCACCGUUGACGGGUUACACUUCAAUUGCACGUACAACGCUCGAGUAAAAGCGUUCAACAGCGCUGGCGAAGGCGAGUACAGCGAAGUAAUCGGAUUGCAAACUUCUGAAGUCGCUUGGUUCACAUUCGACCCGUGCCUGAGCUCGCCCGAACUGUGCUUCACGCCCGACAAUAUGACGGUGACUUGCGAAGGAUUCGAGCACCGCGUGGCCCUGGGAAGCGUCGGGUUCUCCAGAGGCGUCCAUUACUGGGAGUUUACGAUCGACCGGUACGACGCCGAUACCGAUCCGAGUUUUGGCGUGGCCAGACUUGAUGUGUCCAAGGAGGAAAUGCUAGGAAAAGACGAAUCUGGUUGGAGCAUGUACAUCGACAAGCAGAGGUCUUGGUUCAUGCACUGUCGCAGUCAUGAGCAGAGGUGCGAAGGUGGCAUCCAGGUGGGAUCCACGGUCGGCGUACUCCUUGAUCUGAACAAACACCAAUUGUCUUUCUUCGUCAACGAUGAACCACAAGGUCCAGUGGCUUUUAAUGGUCUAUAUGGCGUCUUCUAUCCAGCGGUCAGCGUUAACAGAGGUGUCGCUGUUACGUUGCAUACAGCCCUUGAUGCUCCCAGUGACAUAGAAGACUGUUAG